UAAAGGUUUAGAGAGCACACCUUGGUCUUCACUUCAGCUGCCCUCUAUCUGUGUAGAUUCAGGCAGUUCAUUGGAGAAGGCAAAGAACAGAAAUGGCAUUCUCUACCCGAAGCAUCCAGUGGAGCACAGGCACCCGCAUCCAGCCCACGGCUUCCAGCGCCAGUGGUGUAACAUCCAGGAAAAUGGUCAUGCAAAAGCUUCAGGCACCCAGCGUCUACGGGGGAGCUGGCGGCAGUGGCACGCGCAUAUCCACCAGCACCAGCUACGGACAAGGCUUCAGUGGGAACUUCCAACUUAGUAUUACUGGUAAUGAUGUGCUGCUUGCUGGCAAUGAAAAAUCAACUAUGCAAAACUUAAACGACCGUUUGGCUUCGUACCUUGAAAGGGUGCGUUCCCUGGAAAAGUCAAACUCCCUGAUUGAAAAGCAGAUCAAAGAGUGGUACGAGAAGAACACCAUAGAAAUCAGGCAUGACUACAGCUCAUACUUUAAAACAAUUCAAGAUCUCCAAAACAAGAUUACUGCUGCACAGUUGGAAAACGCAAGGUUUGUCCUGCAGAUUGACAACGCCAAACUGGCUGCUGAUGAUUUUCGACUGAAGUACGAGAAUGAGCACCUGCUCAAGCAAAGCGUUGAGAGUGACAUUGUUGGAUUGAUCCGAGUUCGUGAUGAUUUGACUUUGACCAAAGCUGAUUUGGAGUCACAGAUUGAAAGUGUGAAUGAAGAACUAGCUUUUCUGAAGAAGAACCAUGAGGAGGACAUUGGCAGACUCCGCAAAGAGGUGAGUGGCUCCGUUAAUGUAGAGGUGGAUGCUGCUCCGAGUAUUGAUCUUGCAACUAUUAUGGAAAACAUGAGGCGGCAAUACGAAGAAAUGGCAGAAAAGUAUCGUCAAGAAGCCAGAGAAGAAUUUGAAAAGCAGACAGAGCAACUGAACCAGGAAGUAGCGAUCCACACUGAAGAGCUGCAAGUCCAGAAGAAGGAGGUCACCGAGCGGAGACACUUCUACCAAAGCCUGGAGAUGGAGUUACAGACCUACUUUAACACGAGACAGUCUCUAGAAGCCACUCUGGCUGAAACGGAAGCUCGUUACAGUUAUCAGCUAGCCCAAAUACAGGAAUCGGUUGCCAAUUUAGAGGCUCAACUGGCGCAACUCCGAGCUGACAUGGAAGGUCAAAACAGCAAGUACAGUAUAUUGUUGGAUAUCAAGACUCGCUUGGAAAUGGAGAUCGCCACAUACCGCCGUCUCCUGGAAGGAGAGGACAGUGGACAUUUUGAAGUGGAAACAGCUACAACAGAGCUUGAAAAAGAAUCAAGCAAAGUUAUGAAGAUCAAGACAAUUGUUGAAGAGGUGGUGGAUGGCAAGGUUGUCUCCUCUCAGGUCAAAACGGUUGAAGAGAAGAUGUAAACGGCACCAGCAGGGAGGAGACAGCCCUAGAGCUUCUCAGAGCUGACUCCAAAACUAAAAGCUUAAACUUUAUAAAGAAUUCAAUGUAAUCCUCUCUAAACCCCAGAAGGGUUGGAAAACACCAAACUAUCAAAUCUCAAUCAAUUUUCUUCUUCUUUUUUUUUUGUGUGCGUGAGUAUUUAUAAAAAUCAGUAAGUUACAAAGCACAAGAUUUUGGGUUUACUUCCUUAGUGACUAAACACCUCAUAAAAAACCCAAAUCAGCCUGUUGUAAAUGUAUAAUUGCUUCCAAGACAGAUAAAAACCUCAAGUAUCAGUUUUUACUUACAUCAGGCUCUUGAAAUUACAUUUAAAAACUUGCUCAGUAAAAACUGGAAAGUGAAAUGACUUUCAGCAUGAAUUUACGAUAGCUUUUAAAAUAAUUUACAUUAAAUUUAGAAAAACACUUAAGCAGUGCUUAUUGUUGAGGUUUCAAAGUACUGAGCUGGGGCAAGACAUCAGAUGAAGACACAGGACAGAACUGGCUCAUGCAGCUCUUGACGGUCAUGGGUGCUUCUGAAAGCAUCAUUUGCUCACAGUUCACUUCUCCAGCUGGUGUCUUACCUUUUCUCAUGUUUUCAACACAUUAAUAAAAGAAAAGGUUUUAGAAGUGAGCUGCGAUUUCUGAAACCUUGACAGACACCUCACCAAAACUUUACAAGAAAGAAUUUCCCAGAUACAGAUGACUCUCUCUCUAUUAAACUUGUCAGGUGAAUUGCAAUCCAGAGUUCAGCAACCUAUUUUUUCUCUAGCACAUUUAAUUUCUUUUCAAAAACACAUUAAAAUGUUGAUUCCCUGCACCUUUCUGCACUUGACCUACCAGCUUCACUUUAGUAAAAAAUUAUUUUCAAGAUGUGUCGAUUUUCAUUUCAUAACAGAUUAAAAUGUAAAACUGAAGAAGCGUCUUCCUUAUUUUUCACUCUCUGUGAAUGUUUAUCUCACCAGGGACUAUAGGAAGCAAAGAUAUUCUAUCAAGAAGUUCAGAAAUUAA